CUAAACCAGAGUACAACAAUGCCAGUGCUCUAGACCGCUCCAGUACAGGAAACGAACAUGGUUUAAAUGGGCAUACCAGCUAUAUCCUUUUCUUCCACUUGAAAAAACCAACUGUACCAUCAUGGCUUCAAAAAAUGUACAUAGUCCCGUGUUUCUGGUGUUUCCUCCAGAGGUCAUCAAUCAAGAAUACCAAGCAACAGAAUUUACAGCCACAGCCUACAGUUCCCAAAACCGAGUGCAGAAAAUAAUUAUUAGAAAACUGAGGAUCUUAGGGACCACCCAGAUCCUGUUUGGAAUCAUGAACUUUUCAUUUGGAGUCAUUUUCCUUUUCACCAUGGUAAACCCAUACCCAAGGUUUCCUUUUAUAUUUAUCUCAGGAUAUCCCUUCUGGGGCUCUGCUUUGUUCAUUAACUCUGGGGCCUUCCUGAUUGCUCUGAAAAGAAAAACUACGGACACUAUGAUAAAAAUGAGCCAGGUGAUGAAUUUACUUAGUGCCCUGGGAGCAGCAGCUGGAAUCAUUCUCCUCAUAUUUGGUUUCCUUCUAGAUGGAGAAUUCAUCUGUGGCUAUUCUCCAGAUGGUAUGCAGUGUGGUGCUAUUACCAUUCUAUUUGUUGGGAUUUUGGCUAUGUUGAUGAUCUUCAGCAUUGCUGAACUCUUCAUUUCCCUCUUUUCCUCAGUUUUGGGAUGCCACUCAGAAGAAAGGAGAUAGUGUUGAAUAGCACUGUACAAGUAAAAGUGCCAAAUGACACAAUUCAGAGGCCCGUCUGCUUCUAAGAAAGAGCCAACACACUUAUACACUAAAAGUUGACAAUUAUUUGAAGCAAAAUGGGUUAGUAAUAACUCAUAGGGGACCAUUUUGGCUGGUGAAACACAUUCUGCGACCUGAUAAUAGCAUUUCCUCCUCCAACAGAAUGAUUACCUUGGUGUAAUCACCCCCUCUUGCCCUUUUUGCCAUGGCUACUCUAUAAGCAAAGAUAUACAAAGCUCAGACCCAGGGGUGACCAAGUCAUAUGACUUUGCUACCUGUGACAGUCUCCUGAUGAGUCUCCUGAGGGACUCCACACAAGGGCUCUUGCUCCAUGAAGCAGAAAGAUGAAUUGGAAAGAAAAACGGGUUGGUCAGCAAACUGUGCCUUGAAGUCACAAGAUCGUCAAAUGCUAUGAGCCAGACAUCUACAAAAGUAACUGUACUACUGCUGGUUAGUUUUUAACUUUUAACUCGACACUAACUAGAGUUACCUGGGAAGAGGAAUUGUCCAUAUAAAAUGACCUGUGAU